AUGUCUCAAGCCGAAACAAUAAUGAAGGGGUAUAUAAUCUUUCACUUAGACAAUGGUAAAUAUGUACAAGAUAUAACAUCUGAUAGUUCAAUCAAUAUAUCUGAGUAUGAACAAGAAGUAUCAGAAAAAAACAAACAAAAAUUUGGUUUUUGGUUAGAAGAUAAAGAAGGAGUGAUUUUCAAAUUUACUAAAACUACAGAAAAUAAUGAAAAAGAGUAUUGUUGGUGUUAUAAAAGGAAAGGGACUACACGCAGUUCUUUAGUUAUAUUUAAUAAUGACAGUGAAACAAUUUAUAACCAUAUAAAAAAUUUACCAAGAAAGAAAAAUGAUAUUGAACCAUGGCUAAAAAGAGAAUUUGGUGAAGUAAUCAUAAAAGAACAAAAAGAAAUUAAACAAGAAAACAAUCACACACAAAAAGACACUGAUGAUAAUGGUGAAACACAAAAAGAAAAUCAAAUAAAUAUUCAAGAACAAAAGAAAUUAGAAGAAAAUGAUGAGAAUAUAAACACAAUAAAAAAUGAUAAAAAAGCAUUUACAGAUAAAAUCAAUACAGAUGAUAAACCAACUAAAAUUGAAGAAAUAAUAGAGAAAGACAAAUUUGAAAUAACAACUGAACAACAAAUAAAUGAAGAAAGUAAAGGAGAAGAAAUUAAACAAAAUAAUCAAGAAAAUAAACUAAAAGAAAAUGAUAAUAAACAAGACAGCACGGAAGAAUAUAAAAUAGAAGAUGAGAAGUCACAAGAAAGGAACUUACACAUUAAAGAAGAAAAUGAAACUAUUAAAAGUGAAAAGGAAGAAAAUCAACAAAUUAAAACAAGCACUCCACUACAAACAACAAAAGAAAUUGAACCUCAACAAAGUAGUCAAGAAGAAAUAUUAGAAAAAGUAAUAGCAAAUGAAAAUGAAAAUACAAAUAUCAAUAGAGAAGUUGAAAAAACACAAAAUGAAACCGAAAGUAAAGAACGUGAAAGUAAUAAUAUAGAAAAUGAUAAAAAAAUAUACCUUGAAACACAAAUUGUUGAAGAAACAUCAAUUAAGGCAAUUUCUAAAAAUGAAGAUAAGUCAGGUGAUAUACAAAUAUUUGGUCAAGAAGGAAACAAUAAAUCCAGUGAAGAAGAAGUUAAUAAAGAAGAAUUAAACAAUGAAGAAGAUAAAAAAGAAGAAGAUAAAAAAGAAGAAAAUGAACGUAAUAAAAAUGAAAAUAAUGAUGAAGAUAGUCAAAAGAAAAAAGAAGAAUUUAAAAAGUGUGAUGAAUUGGCAGAUACAUUGGAAAGUAUAAAUGAAAACAAAGAAAGUUUUGAUACAUUUAAUAAAGAAGAAAAUACAAUUGACAAACCAGAAAUUCAAUCUGAAAAUAAACAACAAAUUGAAGAAGGUAGUCAAACAAUUAACCCAAAACAAGAGAUUAUUAAGAAAGAAAAGAAAAUUCAAGAAAUCAAAGAUGAUAAAGAAAAGGUUGAGAAAAGUGAAAGUAACAUCCUUCAAGAAGAGGUGUUAAGUAAUAGUCCUGAAGAACUUAAAAACAGUGGGGAUAUUGAAAAUGAUAACGGUCAAAAGGUGGUAGAAAAGAACAUUACUGAUAUAAAAAUGGAAAAUAUUAAAGAGAAUGAAAUAAAAGUCUCAGAAAAUGUCUUAGAAGAAACAGAGAUAGAUAUCACAAAAAAACCAAUACAUGAAACAACACACGAUGAGAUUUCAAAUGAAGAGGAAGAAGACAAAACCCAACAAUUAAAAAAAACAAUACUAGAAGAAAACAGCGAAGGAAAAGUCGAAACAAUACAAGAAGCAAAGAAUGAGAUUAUUAACGAAAAGCCUCAAGGACAACAACAAAAAGAAGAAGAUACAAUCUCAGAAGUAAAAAUAGAAUCACUACAAGAAGAAAAUACAACACAUGAAAUAAAAACAAAAAUAGAAGAAAAUAAACAAACAACUAUUAAUGAAGAAGAACAAAAUGAGGUUGACACAGCAAAAAUAAAAAAUGAAGAUAACAAUUAUAUAAAACUAGAAAAAAAAACUAUGGAAGAUGAACAUAGUGAAGACAUUGAAAAUAAAACUGAAACAUCACAAGAUAUUGAAGACAUAACAAACAUUAAGGAAUUGAAUAAGCGAGAAUAUGAAAAUAAUACAGAAGGAAAUAAUAAUGGUAAUAACCUUGAAACAAAAAAUGAAGAUAAACCAUUAACUGAAGAAAGUGAAAUAGAAGAAAUUACACAAAAACAGAUAGAAGAAAAACAAAUUGAAAAGGAAAGUAACAAUGUAGAAAGUAAACAACUGGAUGUAGAAAAUAAUAAUACCAUACAAUUGAAAGAAGAAGAAAAAAAUAAAACUGAACUAAAAGAUAACAAUAAUGAGAAAGAAGAAGACAACUUCAUAAAAGAUAAUAUUGAAAAAACUCAAAAUGAUAGUGAAAGAAAAAUAGAAAAUCAUACAGAAGCAGAUGAACUUACUAAACAAACACCAAACCUACUUGAUAAAGAAGAGAUUGACAAUGAAAAUGAAGAAAUAACUAAAAUACAACAAACAAUUAAUAAAGAAGAAGAUAUUAAAGAAGAAGAUAUUAAAGAAGAUAAACAAAAAAAGAGCCUAACCAAUGAUGAAAGCACAGAAGGAAAACAACAACAACACACUGAACUUAAUGAAAAAGAAACAAUACAAACAUCAGAAGAUGAAAAUAGUAUAAUAGAAAAUUCAGAACAAGAAUAUAAUGAAGAUGGACCAAAAGAAGGGAAUUGGGAAAUAAGUUAUCAUAUGUUUAAUGUUGGUCAGGGUGAUUGUGCGUUGUUGUUAAUAAAAAAUUAUAAUGGAAAUAAGUGGAUAGUCAGAAAAAGAGUUUUAAUUGAUGCUGGGAACCAAAAUAAAUUAAAAGAACGGAAUUUAGGAAAAGAACAAUAUAAUUUCUUAAACAAAAUCCUUUUUAAACUAAACCUUAAUAAACAAAGUAAAACAUUUGAUGCUAUUAUUAUUAGUCAUUGGGAUGCAGAUCAUUAUAAAGGGUUAUUAAACACAGGUUACACCACAGAUUACUUAUUUUGUCCUCAAGAAAGUAUUAAACAUGAAUUUAUUAAAAGUUUACAACCGAAAAAGACUUACAUAGGAAUAGAUGAAAUUUUUGGUACUUCUUCAAAACUUAAACCAGUUUCUGUCAUUGACAUACUUUUUGGAGAAAGAGAGUUUGGUAAGAAAAACCAUAUAGACAUUCAACUCAUUGGAUGUGAUGGAAUGAUCGCAUUUGAAAAUAACCCACUUCCAUCAGAAGGCAAUUCAUUCUCCGCAACAAAUAGAUCUUGUUUAUCUUGUUUAAUUAGCGUUAGGGAUAUUCACUUAUUAACUUGUGGUGAUCUUGGAAUAAAUUGCGAUGACUAUGUGAGACGAUGCAUCCAUUCAAUGGGAAUAAACCAGAUACAGAUUAUUAAAGUCAACCACCAUGGCUCAGAAACUACUUUUAAUGAAAAUAAAUUUAUAAAUGAGUUCAAUCAUCAAUACAUUCUGUUUUCAUAUGGAAAACAUGAUAGAUAUAAACACCCAAGUACGUCAGUAUUAGCGUGUGCAUUAACUAAAUUCAAAGGCACUGCUAUUGCCACUAAUUAUCCACUAUAUUCUCCUAGUUACAAAGAAAUAAUUGAUGAAAAAUUAAUAAUUGGUAGUAAAGGCAUAACUGUUAGUAUGCAUUAUAACAAUACUUAUGAUGUUAAAGCAGAUAACUUCACUGCACAUGAAGAUCUUAAUGAAAACAAGUUUGUUACAACUAAUCCACCUGUUGAAAUAAUUGAGGGUGUCGAAAAUGAAAGGGAUAUUGAAGAAGAAACGAAACAAAAAAAGAAAGAAGAACAAACCAACGAACUCAAGUGCGAUGAUGAAACUAAAGGAAUAACCCCAAAAAAAGAAGAUGUUGAAAAUAACCAAAACGAAGUUUCUUUAUCUGAUUCAUCUGUCUGUUCCUCUUUAAUUUUGUCACUUCCUUCUCAUGAAAAUAAUAUUUCAAAAGAAGUAACUGAUGAAGUAAGUGACAGUCAAAUAGACUUAAGUAUUAACAAUGAAACAAUUAUUAAUCAAACAGAAUUAUCUGAGGAUAAUAAAGAGAAUAGAAUGACAAAUGAAGAAGAAGAUAUUUAUCGAAUUGUUAAAGAAAUGAUUAAGGGGACAUGCCUUGAGAAGUAUCUUACACCAGAAAUAAUAAAAGACUGUAAACAUUAUGAAAAAGAAGAAGUUGUGAAAUUAUUACAAACAAUGGGAUUAGAAGAAAUAAUUCAAAAGAAUCAAUAUUAUUUUGAAUAA